AUGUCGAGACAGACUUCGCUUCUACGGUUCCUUCAGCCGAGGUCCGAUCGUGAUGACGACGAGAUGUGGCAACAUCAGCCCAAGCUCUUCAGAACCCCGAAGGAAGCGAUGAAGCUGGAAACCAACGGGAAACACGCCCGGACGAGCGAGAAGUGGACAGACCGUGCCGUGGGAGCGCCGAGACAGAGGGGGAGGGGGGCGGCCAUGUGCUCUCGACAACAUUCCCGGGGCCCUCCUCCACGGCCUCCCGAGCUCCUUCCGACUGUCCAGUUCCGGGUCAUCAGAGUCGGAGUCCGAAACCGAAUCAACCGAGAAGUCAAGUGCAAAAAGAUUGAGGUCUUUGUGUUGCAGAGCAGGGAAGAGGAUAUCAAGGUCAACUGGACGAUGUCAACAGUCAUGUUGUCUACAUUCCUGGCCCUGGUGGCUGUGCUAGUGGUUCAGAUACAUCCCGCUCAAUCUGACUCUUUUGUCCGCCUACCAUCCCACGAACUGACCACUGCACCCCAAGAAAUGACCACUGCACCUCAUGAAAUGACCACUGCACCCCAAGAAAUGACCACUGCACAAGGAGAAACAACUGCUGCAACAGCUUGUGAGCACGUCAGAAGGACUGGAGAAACCACACUUUACCAGUGGGACCUCGAGCUUCCCGGGUCGUCACCUUUGACCUUCAGAGCCAAGGCCAGCCACACUGUUUUCAUCGCCUUGUCUUGGGAACGGUCCAAUCGUGGUGACUUGUAUGAGAUUGUCAUCGGUGGUUGGUGGAACGCACAUUCUGUCAUUCGCCGCUCACACGAAGGCCACAUCGAAGCAACUGCUGCUACACCAGACAUUUUGUCUGCUGAUGAGUUGCGAGGCUUCUGGAUCUCCUGGUCCCCGGAUGGAACCAUAGCCGUGGGUCGGGAGGGAGAAGGCAGCCCAUUCCUGCAAUGGCAGGACCCAAAACCGCUGCCUUUCCAGUACUUAGGUUACUCCACAGGAUAUGGCAGCACUGGACAGUUUAUGUUUCCAUGCCAACAAAUGACCACUGCACCCCAAGAAGCAACCACUGCACAAGAAACAACUACAACUUGUGAGCACAUCAGCAGGGCCACAGAUACCAAACUUUACCAGUGGGACCUCGAGCUUCCCAGGUCGUCACCUUUGACGUUUAGGGUCAAGACCAACAGGGAUGUUUUCUUCGCCUUGUCUUUGGAACGGUCCGAUCGUGGUGACUUGUAUGAGAUCCUCAUUGGUGGUUGGUGGAACACACAGUCUGUCAUUCGCCGUUCAGCCGAAGGCAUCCCCAAAACCACUGUCUCUACACCAGACAUUUUGUCUGCUUAUGAGCUGCGAGGCUUCUGGAUCUCCUGGGCCCCGGAUGGAACCAUAGCCGUGGGACGGGAGGGAGAAGGCAGCCCAUUCCUGCAAUGGCAGGACCCAAAACCGCUGCCUUUCCAGUACUUAGGUUACUCCACAGGGGCUGGCAAUGCUGGACAGUUUAUGUUUCCAUGCCAAACUUGUGAGCACGUCAGAAGGACUGGAGAAACCACACUUUACCAGUGGGACCUCGAGCUUCCCGGGUCGUCACCUUUGACCUUCAGAGUCAAGGCCAGCCACACUGUUUUCAUCGCCUUGUCUUGGGAACGGUCCAAUCGUGGCGACUUGUAUGAGAUCGUCAUCGGUGGUUGGUGGAAUGCACAUUCUGUCAUUCGCCGCUCACACGAAGGCCACAUCAAAGCAACUGUUGCUACACCAGGUAUUUUGUCUGCUGAUGAGCUGCGAGGCUUCUGGAUCUCCUGGUCCCCGGAUGGAACCAUAGCCGUGGGUCGGGAGGGAGAAGGCAGCCCGUUCCUGCAAUGGCAGGACCCAAAACCGCUGCCUUUCCAGUACUUAGGUUACUCCACAGGAUAUGGCAGCACCGGACAGUUUAGGUUUCCAUGCCAACGACAUCCAUUCUGGUCAGCAUCUUCAGAGUCUGAUUCAAAGCACGCAGCUUAUCGUGCACACAUGAGCACUCUCGAAACCGCCAAUGCAGCGGGUGCGUGGGAAGCAGAAACCCAGAACCAGGACCAAUGGCUGAUGAGGGAUCUUGGUGAAGUGAGCGCCGUCAGUGGCAUUGUCACCAAAGGCAGGAACUACAGCCCUGAUUGGCCAUGGGGCAUGCAUGACCAAUACGUCACAUCCUUCAUCAUUUCAUACGGUGAAGAAAAUGGCGAUGAGAAGUUCUACACCAAUGCCCAAGGGCAAGAUAUUGUUUUUCCGGGGAACAGCGACAGAGACACGGAGGUCAUCAAUGACUUCAGAGACUACAGCGGCCCCAUUACUGCACGCUUCAUCAAAAUCCAUCCACAAACAUGGAAUGAGCUCAUCGCUAUGCGGGCGAGGAUCCUGAAAGAGCCGUUACCGACACCUGUCAGUCACCCCAUGACAUCAACCCGUACCACUACUGAGGAUGACACAAGCGGAACACGGAGAGACAUCACCGUAACUUCCACAUCUUUGGAGUCUACCACCAAAUGGACAACAGUGACACCUCCACCAGAGGACUUGCGAGUAACGACCAUCACUGGUACAACUGUCAAAGCUUCAUCGACAGCGACCACCAAUCCCAGCGCUACAGGCCCAGACGUCAAUGUCAAUGUUGCAACUGCGAUUCCGCCCCCAGAGGACUUGCGAGUAACGACCGUUACUGGUACAACUGUCAAAGCUUCGUGGACAGCGACCACCAAUCCCAGCGCUAUCGGCUACAGAGUGUGGAUAAGGGAAAGGGAGUUGGCUGACGCCCUUUUCACACAUUUCCUUCCAAUCAGGCAAAGGGAAGUGACAUUCAAGGAGCUCAUACCAGCCACAGAGUACAUCAUAUCGGCAACAACUAUCAACAUGGACAUCGAAGGGCCAGAAGUCCAAGUCACUGCUGUAACUGAAACGGAACCACCUUCAGCAUUGUAUGUUGAAGACAGGACGAUCGACUCAGCUGUCAUCUCGUGGCUGCCUCCAAAAGGUGCGAUCAUCGAGUAUUCCGUCAGCUACACCGGCGCUGGAAAAAGUACAUCUAUGACCAGUCCAGGAGAUGCACACAGCUGUGCGUUGACAGGUCUGAUCCCCGGUACAUGGUACGACAUUGAAGUGGUGGCUGUGAGCAGGAUUGGAAGGAGCAUCGCUGUCACCACAAGUGUUGUUACAGAGACCGACCCACCGUCAGCUGUGGAGGUGAGUAGCUGGUCUGCUACGUGGAUGGUUCUGGAAUGGAAGCCUCCCCUGGCCAGGGUCGUGUCAUACGAGGUCACGGUUUCACAGACGUUCAGCGAAGAAUUGUUCAGUGUUGAUGGAUCAAAGACAUCCUACAACAUCAUAGAACUUCUGCCUGAAACUGAUUACAUCAUAAAGAUGGCAGCUGUUGGGCCGUUACCUGUCAAUCACCCCAUGACAUCAACCCGUGCCACUACUGAGGAUGACACAAGUGGUACAUGGAGAGACACCACUGUAACUUCCACAUCUUUGGAGUCUACCACCAAAUGGACAACAGCAACCUCCGCUGAAACAACAGGGAAGCAAACAACAGACAAGGAAGUCAGAACAACAGACCGACAAACCACUACAGUCUACAGUACUAGCAAGGAGGAAAGGCCCCUAGACAAGCUGACAUACAUCACAUCCCCGGCCCAAACAACUGAAAGUUGUGAUGAAAAGCUCCAGCACAUUCUACAAGGGAUGUACGAGGAACAGCUGGAAUCAGCCAAACCAGAGGAGAUCCUGUCUGCGAUGAACAGCAUUAAUGACGUCCUCACAGCCAGUGUCUGUGCUGAGUCGCCCAAUUUGUCACUAUCAGCACUGGAAGAUGCUGCAGUCCUGAUAGACAAACUGGCUAGUGCUUCAAGAGGAGCACAGGGUGCAUCAGUAACAGUCAUGGUUGAUAUAGCCAAUGCCCAGACACAGGCAGCUACAGCAGUUAUCAACAUGCUACCAGAACAACAGCCACCGAUUGAGACCACCAGUAGCUCAAACAUCUUUGAAAGUGACUUGAUUGACGUGAACUCUGCUGACCUUUCACCAAAGCAGCAGCUGAAGUUGCUGAAAGACAAGCAGAAGGAGAAAGAAGACAUGCAAAAACGAGUGGUGCUGAACAUCGUGAAAUCACUGGACAGUGUUGCCAGCACACUGUUGGCAUUGCAGCCUGGCGAUGCUGAAUAUCAGGCAACGUUUGGGACGGGAAACGUUGGGGUGACUCUGUCCAGAUCGCCAUCCAACAGAGACCUGCACAUCAACAAUGGUCGCACCACUGUGACUAUUCCUCGCACAUCAAGUGGAAGUCAGACUAACAGCAUGUUGGAUCUCAAGAUGUUGAGUUUCAAAAAGAAUCCGUACUCCUGGAGACAAUCGACAGGAGGACAAAACAUCUCUUCACCCGUUACGGUUCUGUCAAUGGAUACAAGAGAAUCCGGAAAAGGGCUGAAACGCAAAAGACGAGGAGAACCCAGAAGCCUUAAGGAAGAGAAGCAAGUCAACCUGGACAUCCCGUUUGUACCCUUGCAAGAAAGAGAGCUGACAACUAACACACCACACGUGACCACCCGCACGCCAGGAGAGAAGAGUCCAAAAAGCAGGAUCGACGGGACCAAUGGGACAAUGAUGACGUACCACCGCUUCAGCGUCCCGGAUGGAAACGUCAUCCCUGUCCUACACAUGAGCUGGUGGGACAUAGAUGCCACCUUUCACGUGUACUCUUUGUACGGGUCCAAACCUACCGUAGAAAAGUAUGAUGAGAGGAGAGUCAUCCAGGCUAAAGACGAGCUAGAGACCUGGCUCACAGAGAAAGACAUCACUGUCACAUUUACACCCAACAACACACGCCGCGGUGGUGUUCUGUACAUUGGCAUACAGAAAAUAGAUCGUGCCGGUUCUUCACCUGAAAAACUAAACCAAGAGAGAACCCCCGACUACAGGCUGCAGAUGUCAGCUGUUGGCUGUUCGUCUUGGGAUGAAAAUAAAGAACGAUGGGGGCUGGACCUAUGUGAUGCUAAACUCGACAUAGAGAGCAACAUCUUCCACUGUGAAUGUCGCUCGACCGGGACAAGCAUCGCAGCCGGCACCAUGACCCUCCCCACCCCGAAUUCCAUCGACUUUCUCAACGCGUUCAAGAACUUCAGCAACCUUAGUGACAACGCCGUGGUGUUCUCCAUCGUGGUGUCUGAGUUCAUCCUGUACAUCAUAAUCAUUUUGCUUCUGCGUGCUGACUUCAGCCGGCUAAGGGGUAAAAAAACCCAGAACCAAAGGAAGAAGAAGCUGUCCAAAGUGAGUCUGAUCCCCCCAGACAGGAUGCCCGCGCCUCACGUCUAUCAGCUCACCGUCACCACCGGGGCCAUGUUCGGGGCUGGGACCACCUCACGGGUCGCCUUCCAACUCUUCGGGUCAGAGGGCACGACCCCAGUCAAGAUGCUGAACCCUGGGGGAGAGGCUUUGGUUCGUGGAAGUACUUUACAUUUUAUCAUGCCUGUGCGAGAGUCACUUGGAGAAGUGAUGUCGUUGCACAUCUGGCAUGAUAACUCUGGGGAAGGUGGUGACACGUCAGCCUGGUUCCUUGGAAAUUUUCUUGUCAGAGAUGUAGAAAAGGACGUGGUCACGUACUUCUGCUGUAAUGACUGGUUGUCAGAGAACAAAGGUGACGGAGAGGUUCAGAAGGUGGUUCACGCAACCCCCAAGGAGGAGCUGAGAUCCUUCAGUAACGUCUUUACUGAAGCGACCAGUAACCUGUUCUACGAUCAACAACUGUGGACGUCUGUCCUUGUAGCACCACCAGGUUCCAGCUUCACGAAGGCCCAGCGUCUGUCCUGCUGCUUCACUCUGCUGAACACCAUGAUGCUGGCCAGCGCCAUGUGGUACCAGACAGAUGACAGAACUGCUGACACACAAGUGUACAACCUGGGGAUCGCUCGUUUCACAGUAGAGGAGCUGUACACCAGCCUGAUGACAGCCUUGACUGUAGCACCUGUCAACCUGAUGAUCGUACAGCUCUUCCGCAUGGCGGCACCACUGGCUGCUAACACUCCGGAGAUGUCAAUCACUACACAAGGACGUGCGAAGAAGCAUCUGCACCACUGGGCCAAGUACAUGGCAUGGGCGGUUGUGUUCCUGGUGUCCACCAGUUCUGCGUUCUUCGUCCUCCUGUACAGUAUGGACUGGGGGAAGGAGAAAAGUGAUGCCUGGCUGAAGGCCUUCAUUCUGUCCUUCCUGGGGUCCAGUGUGAUGGACACUCUAAAGAUCGUGGUCCAAGCUGUGGUGCUGUCUGCAGUCUGUAACCUGUCCUUCCUCAUCAAGCCGCCGGCUAUAAGGAAGGAAGACCUCAAACUCAACCUGUGGAACUCUGCAGCACCAAAGAAGAUCCGCCCACCUACCAUAGCCAACUGCCAAGGAGCCAGGAAGAAACGGGAACUCAGUAAGAAGUCAGCUUCGACAGUCAAGGAGCUCCUUCUGUUGUUCGUCUUUGUGGCCGUCCUCUUCUACAUCGCCCAGGCCAACAACGACCAAAACGUGUUCUAUGAGACCCGCACGCUGUCCACCACCGUUCUACGUGAUCAUGAUAAGAUCAGGACUCCCGACCAGUUCUACAUGUGGGCUGAGGAAGUCCUGCUGCCGACCCUGUAUCCGUCUGCCUGGUACAAUGGGAGGAAAAUGAAGUUCUUGGACCGACAGUUUGCACAGAACACCGAGUCCUUCCGAGUCGGCCCCCCUCGCUUGAUGCAAGUUAGACGACGUCCAGAUGCCACUACAUGGAAGACUGGUGCUGGCCAAGGCUGGAGCCUGUCUGUACAGAACAUGUCCUAUUCCUGCUGGCGAUUUGCGGUUCCAGAUCUUCUGAAUCACCCCAAGUUUCACACAUUCAACUGCACCAACUAUCACUCCCUGGACUUGCCUCUUGAUCAUGACACCGCUGCAUUGUUCUUCCGUGCCUUGAAGGACUCUGAAUUUCUGGACAAGUACACGGUUUCCAUGGCGAUUGACAUUAACUUCUACAACCCCAGCCUGAAGCUGUUCAGCGUUGUGCAUCUUGUCCUAGAUCAUUCUGGAAUAGGGAAUCUCGUGCCAACGGCUACAAUCACUUCAUUUGGUCUGUUCCAAUACGAAAGUAAUGCUGACUUUGUGAACUUGUUCAUACACAUUGUAUUCACACUGCUCUUCUCAGCAAUGGUGUUCAAGGAGGCAAAAUUGGUGAAAAACAUGGGAUGGAAAUAUUUUGCUUCGCCAUGGAAUGCCCUUGGAUGCCUAAGCCUCAUCGGCAUGGCAACGGUCAUCUCAGUUUUCAUCAAGCGAUACACCGUGGCAUCUGAUACACUUGCAGUGAUCGCCAAAACUAAUGGUGAGCUGGGAUUUGAACGUUUUGUGGACCUGACGACUGCUGCAUGGUGGGAUGCGUGUUUCGUGCACAGCGUCGGGAUCGUUGUGUUCAUCAACACCGUCGCCUUGCUUUGUGUCGUCCGCUUCAGUCAGACCAUCGGCAAACUGCUGGCUCUUCCCGGCAUCAUGAAGGAUGAGCUCCUCUCAUUCUUAGUCGUCGCUGCUGUCGCCUUCAUGUCUUUCAUCAGUGCAGGUACGCAGACCAUAGAUACCUUAUCUUCGGAAGCCACCUGA